GCUCGGCUGUGGGCGGCCCUCCAGACCCCGAGCGUUUCUUUCCUUUUGGUUUGACUGAGGUUUCACGCUACAGGCUGCCUCAGGAUGGCUUCAUCACAUUUUGCCAGUCGACUGAGAAAGGAUUUAAGUGUUGAUAUGAUUAGAACUAAAAUUGUUCAUAGGAAAUCUCUGUCUCAGAAAGCAAACAGACAUAAGGAAUAUGAACAAAAUAGACGCUUUGGUUUGAAAGAUGUCAACAUUCCAACCUUGGAACGUAGAAAUCUUGAAUUAGAGGACACGUCUCAAGAGCUUAUUCCAGAAGAGAUGAGUGUCAAGCCAAGGUCAGUGAAAUCUGUUCUAAGUGAUCAACGAAGACAAAUGCUCCAGAAAUACCAGGAGGAAAAGCAACUUAAAAAAUUGAAAGAGCAGAGAGAGAAAGCUCAGCAAGGAGUAUUUAAAGUGGGUCUUUAUAGACCUGAUAAGCCUUGUUUUCUUUCAGCAAGAACAGAAUACCACCCAAAAAAGAUUGGUAAUGGGAGUGAUGUUCGAGCAACCCGAUCAGGUCAAAGACAAACUUCUGAAAAGAAAGUGUCCAAAGAGAAAACAGCAGGGCAGCCUGCAAUGCCCACGUCCCUGAGAACCACUCGAUCGAUGACUCAAAGAGCGAAGCAGACCGCGGGAGCAGGCGCCGCCAGUGCAGCCUCCGCCCCUGCAGCCUCCGCCCGUGCAGCCUCCGCCGCGCCGGCCACGCGAGCUGCGCGUGAUAAUGAAACAGAAAGAAAAGUACCCAAUCAAGGAAGGCCUGCCAAAAAGAUAGAAAGAAAACCUGGCAAGGUCGUUUCUUUUAAAGUUGACAGUGAAGAAAAUACUUUGGAGUCACAAACCAUUGUGACAAAUGGAACGGAUCCAGAUGGAGUCUUAUCAAAAAUGGAAAAGUUACCUAAGACGAAUCUUGCAGCAGUGAAAGGGAGGCCAUCCUUCGCACCAGUAGAUUUCGUAUUUCGGCCUCCGGAUGGUCUGAAGAGCUACGAGAUAACGCCUAGGACUCCCACAAGCACCGCUGCCUGGACGGCCGCUUACAGCUGCCGCUCUUUAAACACGGAAGUUGAUAGGGCUCCAGAAGCAACAAAAGAAACUUUGGCACAGAAAUGUAAACCUUCAGCACAUCAAGAGUGCGAUGGAUGGCGCCGUCCUUUGAGUUCCCUGGCAGUCGGGAGCACAGAUCGUGUCUUAAAUAAAAAUGAAACUACUACUGAAAAUUUACAUGGCCUUCCAAUAAAAGAAGUCCCAUCACUUGAAAUAAAUGAGGAUCAGACAUCUCAGCCACGACAUGUGCUGUAUUUCAGAAAGAUUCUCCAGUCAGAAACUGAAAAACUAACCUCACACUGCCUUGAGUGGGAAAGGAAGCUUGAAUUGGACAUUCCAGAUGAAGCCAAAGAUCUUAUUCGCCUCGCAGUUGGUCAAACAAGACUCCUUAUGAAAGAAAGGUUCAAACAGUUUGAAGAACUGGUGGACGAUUGUGAAUAUAAACGAGGCGAAAAGGAUACCACCUGUACAGACCUGGAUGGCUUUUGGGAUAUGGUUAGCCUUCAGGUACAGGAUGUAAACCAAAAAUUCAACAAUCUGACCAAACUGGAGGAGUGUGAAUGGCAAAACAAUAAUAAUCCAAGCAAAAAAGUCUUUCAGAAAAAAGUUGUUUCGGGUAUAGCAAGUAAACCAAAACAGGACGAUGCUGGGAGAAUUGCAGCCAGAAGUCGCCUUGCUGCUGUGAAGAAGGCGGUGAGAGAGAGGAUGCAGCGGGGAGAGCAGGCUGGGGCCGCGGGCUCUGCGGUGCCGAAGGAAGUUGAUCAAAUAGUGUUUGACGCUGGAUUUUUUAGAAUUGAAAGUCCCGUUAAAUCGUUCUCAGCAGUAUUUGAUAAUAAAAAUCUCAUGACUGAAUGCCAUCUUCUUGAUUCACCACGCCCGGGGUGCAGCGAACCCUUCACGCAGGUGGAGAGGAGACGACAGGAGCACGCCAGACCCGCUUCCUUUGGUGGGGACUUAAUUGCCUUUUCACCUCGCACGCCUCCUAGUGGAAAUCAACCAGAAGAACUAUGAAUUAGAAAAAGCAAAACAUUUCUCUUCAUAUCCUCCAUGCUGUAGUGUAUUCUUCAAAUAUUGAAAAGUUAAAGAAUAUGGAUUUGUGUUCACUUCUAUUUAAUUCACUUAUAUAAUGUCGUGUAAUGUCUUAAUAUUCAGUGUUCACCAAAGUGUGUUUUAGAUAUGAUACUGUUUCUCAAGGGAAGUGGGGAUAUUUUGUACUUUAUGCAGAAUAAAAAAUGCA